AUGAAGUACUUGCAAGCCUUGAUCAACGCCAUACUCGUGAGCAGCUUGGCACUGCGGCUUACUGCAGAGGAUGCCGAAUCUCUCCAGCGGCUCUCGACAGAGGUUCAGAGUCUAGAUAUGACACCAGCAACUUCCAUCAUGAGCAUUGUUCAGCAAGGAACUCAUAUAUCGCGCCGAGGAGUCGCACUGGCUGGACACUAUCCCUACCCACGUCAGGUCACUUGCACGAAUGCAGAGGGCCAGCAAGAGACUUACAAGAGCAAAGAUUGUCUAUCAGCGGCAAAGCAAAUUUCAAGCUACCAUAUACGUGAAGUGACGUGCAGUACCUGCAAAAUGUCUCUUGUAAGAAAUAACGGGGAUUUACUCUUGUCCACUGCACCCGCGGAUCGACUUCGCCAGAUGACUGUCGCAAUUUUGAAAGCUUGUGCAUUGAACAAGUCCAGUAAUGCGGCGUACUCUGAAGAAGAUUCUCAUGACAGCAAUAUUGCUCCAUUCACACUGCUAAUUUCUCAAGGCAAUGGCACAAAGUGUCAGUCAAGGAAGUAA